CGACAAAAAACACAUUUCAUUUCAUCAUUCAGGCUAAAAGUGCAAUAAAACAUUAAGUGAUUUCCCUCCCCUGCUCAGCAUGUACAAUGAGUCGCAACAAACGAGAGCAAAUGAUGCGGCACAGAUUCGAUCACAACAAUGUGAACCAACUGACGACAAUUGGCGAAGGAACAUAACAUUUGCCAACAAUGAAAAUGAAUUCCGUGGCCCAUUGGCACACAAUUUGGCCACAAUGCCGCUGGAGCAAUUGUCGGAUAUGACGCCCCCAAAUUGGGAGACGACAACGACGACGACGACGACAGCUGAUGCAUCGACGACGCAACCCAAUUCGUAUGUGGACAGUUUGUAUCAGGAGAUUGUGAAUCGUUUCGAUGAGCUGCGUCGAUGCAUUGCACGUGGCGAUAAUCAACAGCAACACCUGCCACACGAUGCUUGCGAUGUAUGCACCACGCAGCAGAAGAACGGAACACAGAGAACGAUGCGUAAGGUGACAACGUUGCGGGAUCAAUGUGGCAAUGUCACAGGUCGCCUCGAAGAGACGAGCACCGUGUCGAAUGGUCGAACAGAAUCGCCUGGUGAGCAGCUCGCUGAUAUUUCAAUGCCAACGUUUCACGAGGAUAAUUCAACGAUUCCAACCCUACAACAACAACAACAACAUCUGUCUGGUGAAUGCAUUGCGAAUACAAGUGCACCGGGGGCAAUGCUGUUGGACUCAACGAUGACGGGCAGAGUUAAUCAGACUGUGGGCAACAUUCUGGCACCGUCGUUUGGCACCAAUGUCUGUCUGGAGAAUGUCGGCCAAGGCAUGCAAACCAUGCCGGCAAACAGUUUGCCCAAUGACUGCCUGGAUAAUGUGACAGCACCCUCGUCCUGCGAGUGCCUGGAGGAUGUCACGGCGCCUUCGUCGUUGGGUCACAGCCGAUUAGCGUCAAGACGACACCAACAGAGAUCACAAAAUAUCUGCGAUGUAACAGCUCCUUCAUUCGCCAGUUCAACUCGCGGAGCAACGCGUCUGGAGGAUCUGAGCAUGCCCAGCUUUGGCGGCAUCUCGGGCGCUGCCAGAGCCCGUUCGCCAAGUCGCCAACAACGUGAGAAUAUCUGCGAUAUAACGGCGCCUUCGUUUGCAAAUGAAUCUAUAGGCGAUGCAACAAUGACUACCGAAUGCCUGCAGGACAUCAGUAUGCCGACAUUUGGACAAGUCUCGGGCGCAUCGAGAGCUAAAUCUCCGCGACGUCAACAACGAUCUGGACGCUUUGCGGUCGUGACUAAUGAAUGCUUGGAUAAUGUGACUAUGCCUUCCUUUGGUGGGGUUUCAGGUUCAUCGAGACGUCAUCAAACAAUGCCUUCAGAAUGCCUGGAAAACAUUACGCAACCUUCAUUCGGGAGGAGUCGAAGUGUAGACAAUUUCUUAGAUAUGCCUUCUUCUUAUGGAAAUAGUCGAGGUGCAGCUCUCAUUAAUGAGUGUUUGGAUAAUGUGACUAUGCCUUCGUUUGGUGGUGUUUCGGGUUCAUCGAGACGUCAUCAAACAAUGCCUUCGGAAUGUCUGGAGGACAUGACGCAACCUUCGUUUGGAGUAAGUCGGAGAUUAGCUAUAACCAACGAGUGCUUAGACAACAUUACGAUGCCUUCUUUGAAUGAAGCCUCCGGCUCUUUAAAUCGUCAGCAAACUAUGCCUUCGGAAUGCCUGGAGAACAUAACACAACCUUCCUUCGGUAGUAGUCGAGCUGUAGUUGAUUUUUUAGAUAUGCCUUCAUCUGGAAAUAGUCGAGCUGCGGCCAUGACUAAUGAAUGCUUGGAUAAUGUGACUAUGCCUUCCUUUGGUGGGGUUUCAGGUUCAUCCAGGCGACAACUAACUAUGCCCUCGGAAUGUCUUAAGAACAUAACGCAACCUUCAUUCGAGAGUAGUCGAGGUGUAGAUCAUUUUUUAGAUGUACCUUCGUCUUAUGGAAAUAGUCGAGGUGCAGCUCUUACUAAUGAGUGUCUGGAUAGAGUCACAAUGCCUUCCUUUGGUGGCGUCUCAGGUUCCUUGAGAAGACAGCGAACAAUGCCUUCGGAAUGCCUGGAAAAUAUAACACAACCUUCUUUCGGGAGUAGUCCAGCUGCUGCCUUAACGAAUGAUUGUUUAGAUAACAUUACGAUGCCUUCUUUCAAUGAAGUAUCCAGUUCCUUAAGACGCCAGCAAACCAUGCCCUCAGAGUGUCUUGCGGAUGUAACGCAACCUUCGUAUGGAAAUAGUCGAUCGCUGGCCAUAACCAGCGAGUAUCUGGAUAACAUGACAAUGCCGACGUUUGGCGGUGUUUCUGGCUCGUCACGCAGACAGCAAACGUUGCCCCUGGAAUGUCUGGAUAAUGUCACCCAACCAACGUUUGCCGACAGCCGAAGACAACAGCAAAUGUACGAUCAAUCUGCUUAUUAUGACAAUUCAAGUAACAGUCGGACAGGAGGACGACGGCAAAGAUCACAGAAUAUUUGCGAUGUGACAGCUCCUUCCUUUGGCAGUUCAAGUCGCGGUCUGGAUGACUUUGGCGGUGUUUCAAGUGCCUCACGCACAAGAUCUUUGCGACGUCGCCAGCGUUCAGCGGCCCCAGCAUUUCAAAGUACCGGACGUGGACAGUUGACCAACGAGUGUCUGGACAACGUAACAAUGCCGAGUUUUGGUGGCGUGUCUGCUGCUUCGAGACGUCAGCAAAGCUUGCCCUCGGCGUGGUUGAAUGAUGUGACACAACCCUCGUUUGGCAGCAGCUCGUCACGUGGUCAGACGACUCGGAGACAGCAGCAGAACAUGUCGAACAUGCGAUCAAUGCGGACUCAAGAGUGUUUGGAUGAUAUGACAAUGCCGUCGUUUGGCGGAAUUUCUGGCAUUUCGAGCAGACGCAUGCCAAGUGAAUGCUUGGCCGAUGUGAGUGCCCCAUCUUCGUUUGGGGGACGCAGCAGAUCAGCGCGACGCUCGCCGUAUCGUGGAGAAUCCUUCGGGAAUUCAACGAUUAAUCCAUGCUUGGAGGAUGUGAGCAUGCCUUCGUUUGGCGGCGUCUCCGGUGCUUCGCGAGCUCGAUCUCCGCGACGCCAGCAGCGAUCUGGACGCUCUGCGGUCAUGACUAAUGAAUGCUUGGAUAAUGUGACUAUGCCUUCGUUUGGUGGCGUUUCGGGUUCAUCGAGGCGACAACAAACUAUGCCUUCAGAAUGCCUGGAGGACAUAACACAACCUUCAUUUGGGAGGAGUCGAAGUGUAGACAAUUUCUUAGAUAUGCCUUCUUCAUAUGGAAAUAGUCGAGGUGCAGCUCUCAUUAAUGAGUGUUUGGAUAAUAGGACUAUGCCUUCGUUUGGUGGUGUUUCGGGUUCAUCGAGACGUCAUCAAACAAUGCCUUCGGAAUGCCUGGAGGACAUAACGCAACCUUCAUUUGGAGAAAGUCGAAGAUUAGCUUUAACCAACGAGUGCUUAGACAACAUUACGAUGCCUUCUUUAGCUGUUUCUUUAAGACGUCAACAAAUAAUGCCCUCGGAGUGUCUUGAGAACGUAACGCAGCCUUCCUUCGGUAGUAGUCGAGCUGCGGUUGGUUUUUCCGAUAUGCCUUCUGCUUAUGGAGAUAGUCGAGCUGCAGCCAUGCCGAGUGAAUGCUUGGACAAUGUGACAAUGCCUUCCUUUGGCGACUCUUUAAGACGGCAACAAACAAUGCCCUCGGAAUGCCUGGAGAACAUAACGCAACCUUCCUUUGGUAGUAGUCGAGCUGCAGCUCUGACAAAUGAAUGCUUGGAUAAUGUGACGAUGCCUUCCUUUGGUGGCGUCUCAGGCUCAUUGAGAAGACAGCGAACAGUGCCUACGGAGUGCCUGGAAAACAUAACACAACCUUCUUUCGGAAGUAGUCGAGCUGCUGCCUUAACGAAUGAGUGUUUAGACAACAUAACAAUGCCUUCUUUUAAUGAAGUAGCCAGUUCUUUAAGACGCCAGCGAACUAUGCCUUCGGAAUGCCUGGAGAACAUAACGCAACCAUCUUUUAUCGAGGGUCGAUCGAGAGUUAUGUCCAACGAGUGUUUAGACAACAUGACUGCGCCUUCGUUUUGCGGAGUUUCAGGUGUUUCGCGACGUCAACAAUUAUUGCCCUCGGAGUGUCUUGAAAAUGUGACUCAACCCUCUUUCGAAGACAUGUCCUACUACGUUAAUGACAAUGCAAGUGUUGCACUUGGACGCCGUCAAACGACGAGAAGACAGCAAAGAUCACAGAAUAUCUGCGAUGUAACAGCUCCUUCCUUCGCCAGUUCAACUCGAGGAGCAACGCGUCUGGAGGACCUGAGCAUGCCCAGCUUUGGUGGCAUUUCGGGUGCUUCCAGAGCCCGUUCCCUAAGUCGCCGGCAACGUGAGAAUAUCUGCGAUAUAACGGCGCCUUCUUUUGCCCCGGAAAACGCGACAAUGCCAAGUUAUGCAGGACGCAGUCAAUCACAAGGAGCAACAAGGAGAAAUAUACGCGACCUCAGCUCGGAGUAUUUGGAGGACAUGACAAUGCCUUCAUAUGCGAUGAGUCAAAACACGCCACAGUUGUGGGAUAUAACGCCGCCGGAAUGGGAUUACAAUAGUUAUGCCAGCUACACGCGACGACCGCGCUCCGUGGAUGAUGGGAAUGUGAUGAGAAGUCUGCAAGUAAGUGGCCUCGAGUGCCUGGACGAUGUAACAAUGCCAACGAUGCGUCGCACUCGUAGCUUUCCAUGCGUACCCAGCCAACAGCGGCUGGGCAACGACAACGAGAGCACAAUGAAUGUGUUGCACUUCAGCUAUCAGAGCCGGCAACCCAUCGAUGCGGAUGCCAGCUAUCCGAGUGAGUUGCUGGGCAAUGUGAGUGCUCCGACAUACGCGAGCAAUUUGAGUAGACCACAACGUUCGGAUCGAAGCAAUAUGCAGAGCGAAAAGCCAACGAUGUUGGACUCAACAGCGAACCAACGGCCACGCAAUAACUUUGCACGCUCCACAGCCAUUGGCGAAGAAGUUGCCACCGCCGACUCUAAUGAGGCGCCCUGUCAAUGUCCCGCUUCGCAAGUGGAUCAAACGAGCAGCCAAAUCAGACAGAAUGCGAGUGAGAAGCAGGCAUCGAAUCAAAGCAUUGCCAAGCAAGAGGAUGGAUCUGCUGCCAAGAAGGAAGUUACGAUUAUUGCGUCUGUGACAUCGAUGACACGCAUCUAUAUGAAGAAAAACGAUGACAGCAACUAUCAGAAUAUUAACGAUAUAUCCAUGCCAUCGGAAUAUCAAAGUGGUGCCAAUAAAACAAUGUUUAUCACGAACAUCAGUGAGCCGAGCUUUACUAAUCUAUCUGCCACGAAUCCAAAUUAUAAUGCCACAGCACAAACAUCGACAACGCUUGACACUCCCCAGCCAGUGCGUGACAAUCCAAAUAAUGCCAGGAAAUGUGUGGCAAACAAUCGAGUUGAGGCUAGAGCAAAAUGCUGUUGCAGCAACAAUUGUCGCCGAUAUCGCAAAUCGCGGCAAUCGACGAUGAAAACUCGUCAUAAUCCUGACUUUAAAUAAUCGUACUCAUUUUUUUACAUUCUGAUAUUUGACAAAACGCUGAUGGGAUGGAAACAGUUAAUGAUAUUUAUUACAUGUUUUAUUUUUAGCCUGAUGAAAUGAUCGAAAUUUUUAAUGCAGUUGACAAAAAUAAGAAGUGAAUGGAAAA